AUGGUACCAAUUCCAGAGGCUAGCUAUUUUCCUGAUCUGGGUAGAUGUUUGAAGGGAGAAGAAAUAUUGAUCUCUUGGGAGACGGCAUUCUUUGCCCUUUUAGAUAUUGAAGAAAAUGGAGCCCAAAUAACACUCGAGAAGUUCUUUAAAGAGCCCAAAGUACUAUCUUUGCUUUCCAAUCCUGUCACUGCCUUUCCAGAACCCACCAACGAGACGAAAGUCGAAUUCAAAUCAAAACUUUCCCCGAUCAAUGCCGAUCAUUCUUCUGCAGAUUAUGACGUUAGCAAGGUAUCUGAGGAUGCACUGUGGUUGAGUGGAAUGGUCAAAAUCGACGAGGUUACCGCUCUAAGACUCGUUGUGCAAGAACAUCAAUCGCGAGCAUAUGCGCAACUUUUGGGGAAACUUUCAGAAGAAGAGUUGAUCAGUCUCCAAGAUGCAUUUGGCAACAAGAAAUCUACGAAUUUGCUCUCAGCUGGAUCUUUCAUUGGCACACAAGCGGAGGUUGCGCCAUCAGAAGAAGAAAGUCGGAGAAAUCGACGUACGCGAAUGCUCAGCAUUUACCUAUCAGAACGACGCUUUUUUUGGAAAUGCCUUACAUUAAUAAUUCAGCGACCCAGACUUUCACCCACACCGAUUACUCCAUUAGACGACUGGUACGAGGGUCUGCAUAUAGAAUUGCUAGGCAGCUGGAAAAGUUCGGGCGCAUCUCAGAAUCGUAUGGUAGAACUGGUGAAAUCCAUUGAUGCAGGACUUACAAAAUUAUUCGAUGCGAAAAGUGAAGGUAGCGGGUGGUCCUUGGAGGGUGAUGGACGAGAUGAACUUGAGCUUGAGUGGGCAAGCAACCAGAUCAUUGAGGCAACCCACAUGAUGGAGACUAUAUUUUAUUACAUAUUCUCUUCUGAUACCGCGCUUGAUAUCUCUCACUCAGACCUGGUGCUCGAAUGGUUUGAUUUUGUUAGCAAGUUUAAGUUCCUGGACGAGAUGGGAAUGCUUCACCCGACUCUUCAAGCUGUUGCUCUACCCUUACAGACUAUUAGCGCCAUCAUAACAUUUGCCAUACUUAACGUCGAUAGUUGUUUAAUAUUUCUCGAGAAACCAUCGAAAGAUUUAGCACCUGCUGAUUUGGCUGAGGGUCCGAACAAGCCAUGGUUAUUAAACCAAACUGCAAUUAUUAAACUUCACCAAAUACUCACCGAGGCAGCGUCCGCGAACUACAUCACGGCUGGCCCUGCUGUCCUUACCUGGAGCGUUAUUUUAAAACAUAUCAAAGUUCGUGUCGAUCUUCGAGAGAAACUUCAGCGCCGACGACACGAGGGUCUCAGUGAUAACGAUGAAUAUAACGAUGAACCAUUGCCGAUUGGGUCGGAGCCUAUACUUGCCCCCGAUGCCUAUGAAGGAGUACUUACAACAAUCAAAGUCACGGACGAACUUGUCGAUUAUCUAGCUUUGAGCGCUGUAAACGACUGUCGUGUUUUCGAAGUACUAGCAACCAUUUCACAGACUCUUGGUGACACUUAUGAUGCAGCUUUCAUGCCACAACUUGGUUCAAGCUUGAGAAUCGCAAUAUUAGAGCUCAUGAAGGCAAGUGCGCCUGAUGUUGGCUACAAUGCCCAAACACUGCAAACUGUGGUUUCUGUCAUGGAUGGGGACAACAAUAUUGGGAUUUUGUUGAUCUACGAAAUGUUGAAAGCGAGAUUGGUUCGCGAGUUUUGGCAAAAUGCUAGUAUGCGCUAUCCUUGGGAAGCUGCCCCUUUUCAAACCCUUGUUCGCUCUUUGGCAUAUCUGCAUGACGCCGAUGGAGGAGUCCAUGAGUCUAUCUUUCCAUUACUAGACUCUCGACCAACCUUUACAUACUUAUUACCAUAUCAAUACGCCGAUUAUGAGACAGUUCAAGAGGAGCAUAACAAUAAUUCUAUUCAACUGACUAGGGGUCUUUCCAUGUUUGAGCCUCGAGGGCGUGGUGUCAGCAGAAGACUUUUAAUAGAAAACGGGAACCAGGGACAGGCUUUAGUACUGGCAGCAGCUAACGGCGAUCUACAAAUUCCAGCUGGAACGCCUGGUGUUGUGAUAGUCGAGAAUGAUCCAAAAGUAGUUCAUCUUACCCACCAUUAUCGCGGUAUGAGGUAUUUUGGGAAGUUGCUAGAAACAUAUCUAGUUGCGGGCGAAGAACAUGACGCUACUACCGGCAUGGGAGCGGACUCUGAGACUGUUGCUGACAUCAUUGGUACAUUUGCGACGGGUCUUCUAGCCUUAUCUAGGUCAGACAAAGAGGCAGAGCAAAUUCAAAAUGAUGCUACCGAAUUUUUCCAGGUCGCAAGUUCGGCGUUAAAUCGGAACAGAGAUAUCACUCUCGUUAUAUCUGCUAUCUUCGAACAAGAAUUGCAAAGGCAAUCGAGCGAAUCUAGUUCCGACGCCUCCCUCGAUAUCUUAAUCAGCUGCAUACAAUAUCUACAUGCCUUACUUUUGUUUUCGCCUGGAAGAGUCUGGCCUCUUAUUGGUCGUAGUGGGCUUCUAUCUGAUGGCCGCGGUGGUGGCGGUAAACUCGCUAGUAUCGUUGGCAGGGUCGAAGUUAUAUCGGGGAGGUACUCAUUCCUCGUAUCGUGCACUCGACUCUUUGAGGCACUGGUCAAUGAUUUCGCAGUAAAUGCUAUAGCGAGAAAUCGCAAACUAACUGUGGCUCCAGCUCGAUUUAGCGAGGUCGAGGAACACAACGUUCGCGUUGCUGAUAAAGUUCUCUCUGAAGUUCUUCUUCACUUUACUCGAUACCUGACGGAGGUACUAGAAAGCUCGUACACCUGGCAAUUUGAUCAACCCAGCGAUCAACUCCAACUUACAAAGACCAUCAUGUCUUCUUUCGAAAAAAUGCUUACAUAUUCUUUCGGAAUCCAGGGUGAUCCAGAAGAAAUGCCACAGUCAGACUCUCGUUCAAAGUCAGAUCUCGGCAGAGAUUCCAAAGAUCAUCAAGACCCUGCUCUUCCAAUCAUGAGUGCUUUAGGCCCAGCUGCCAUGCAUAUUGUUGAUAGCUAUCUGUCCAAGUCUUCUGGCCCCAUGAGAUUUGGACCAAUUCUUCGCACCUUAUUUUACGGCUUCAAUACCCGUUCUACCACGAUGUAUACAAACAGAUCACUAUUAGUGGCGGGGGGUGUGAAAGCAGCACUCAAAUUCUCUAGGCAACUUCUUCGAAUAAGUGCAUUGUUAGAGAAGCCAUCACAUCUAGAGACACAGCUAUUCACUGCUGCACCACUUAUCGCCCGACUAUAUGCCGUGAAUGACAGCUAUCGUACUCCCGUCAUAAAAUUGUUCGAGGCGAUGAUAGUCAGCGCUUCGAGUAGCACCUCAGAACCACCUUCCCUCCUAGGUUAUCUUGGCGCGAAGACGUCGAAGAAUUUCCUUAAUGUCGUGUCAGAUUUGGAUACACCUCUAACUAGAGAUGAAAAUGUUGGCUCGAUUUGGCAUUUCCUGUCGAUGAUAAUGAGCAGUCGACAACAAUGGUUCGCAAAUUAUGUUCUCACAGGCAAAACGCCGAGAGACGCAUUGAAAAAGAAAAACCCCGAUGUUGCCAAAUCUUCAUCUCCAAAACCUCUUCUUCUCACAGCUCUUGACAACCUCUCACAAAUUGGAGACAUUCCGGAUUCAGAAGCUUUAAUGAUGUUAGAAUUCGUCUCAUUGGCACAGAAUUUCUGGCCUUGGACUAUGCACGAGUUGGAAUCUAGCACAGGCUUUAUCAAUUAUCUCUCAAAUUACAUCAGCACCCUGAAACCUAUUCAAGUCUCAUCUAGGAGUGAGCCAGCAAUUAAGGCUUGCUAUCGUACUCGAAUUGCGGCUUACAUUGCCGAGAUUCUUGCAAUGCACCUCUUUCAUUCUAGACAAACUGGCAAACCUUCAAUUGCCAAAGACCUCAUGCCCAAACUGAAUUAUUACUAUGAAAAUGCAGGAGGGCUUCCUACAUACAAUGCUUCUCUCCAUGGCAACCUCAAGAAAAACUUCGAUGCCAAGUAUGCUAGAACUAGUCUCCAGAGUUUCAAGAAGACGGAUCUAGAGGAUCGCAAAUUUGGCGAGAACUAUUUUUACGAUCUACAACUACUUGACCAAAUGCUCCGUUCUGACGUAGCUUGGAUAGGACGUAGAAAUGAUGGUUAUAAAUUCGAGCUUGCAAGUGCUAACAUCAACCUGUCUUUGGUUGAUGCUCAAGUGGCUUUAUUAAACGCUUGGAAAAUUCUUGCCGUUGAAUUAACUAGCAAUAUAACUAAGGAAUCUGAUCACCAAGAGACCCUUGUUGAUGCUGCUCUUAAGUGCCUUGCCUCAAAUGCACAAAGUCCGCAAACAGAAAAGAUAUUUUCACGAUUACUUCAAACACGUGCAGACUUUGCGCUUGUUGCCUGCCAACGGUUGAUAGAAGCAAAUCCAAGGUGCCCUAAGAUGAAGGACCUUCUCAAGAUAGUAUGGGAGACAGUCCGGACCUUGGACAAAAGCUUCGCGAUGGCAAUUGCAACAGGAGAUGGUCCAUAUUAUAGACUGCUUCUCAAAAUUUUAUUCUUGGCUUUGCGAGUUCAUGCCGAAGAUAACAACGUCGGGGAUAUUGACCCCAGAGUUUCUACACGGAAACAACAAUUGGAAUCGGAAUCGGCAGCAGACAUCUAUAUGAUCGUCGAUGUUAUUGAACGUGUAAUUGCUGGCGGCCUCAGUGAUCUGGCUCAUAUCAUUCACGACAAUCAUGAAGAGUCAUCUCCAGAAGACAUCGCCCUUAUCACAGGCCUUUUGCAAGCCUGUCUCCGGAUACCAGGCAUCGAGUUCCAUCACUCACAGAUUGUGACCAUCAUGGCUAAUUGCAAGACCCCUCGUAUUGCUACCACACUCUUCUCCUGGUCUGACCAAAUUGCGAUAAAUGGUGAUCCCAUCUAUGGUGAACUGAGCAUUAUUUUCCUCUUGGAACUCUCAAGUAUGCCAACCAUGGCCGAACAGCUAGCCGUCGAUGGCGUUCUCGGCCAGGUCAGCUCCGCAAGCAUAACCACUUAUUUGCGUCGUGGAAAUGUAUCUCCAUUCGCUGACGGCGCCGGUAUCCAACGCUGUUACAACAUCUGGGUCCGUGGUAUCCUUCCUUUAAUCCUCAAUCUCCUCCAUUCAGUUGGUGCCUCCAUCGCGACAGAAGUCGCGCUCUUCUUAAACCAAUUCCCUCAUCUUCUCGCUCAAUCGGCAGCCGCGUUUGAUGCACCAGAAUCCUCACGCACCACUUCAAUAUCAACCCCGAAACAUCUUUGUUUGUCUACAGCUUCCGAGGUUCAUUCUCUAGCUCUCAUUGUCUAUAUUUUGAAUGGAUUCAGAGAACAGUUACAGGGAAUACAGGUGGUACCGGAAGUGGAUUGGGAUUUGGGCGCGGUGGCAGAGAAUGUUGAGUUUUGGUUAGGGAGUCGAGCGGUCUUGAGAGAGAGGAUAGUACCGAUGGGUGAUAAGGAUUUGGAGUGGAGGGGGAAGAAAAUAGAUGCUGGGAAGGCAGGGGCAAUGGGAUGUUUGGAUCGAUUGGAGGAGAAGGUGGUAUUUGAAAUGAUGGGAAUCAGGGAUGUGAUUAGUGGGGGUGAUCCAUGA